UUUGUCUUGAAUUGAAAUUUUCACUAAAAAUCUUAGUUGUUCUAAAGACAAACAACUCAGAGUAGUGUCAAAUGUCAAUAGUUAUUGUUUUAAAUGUACUUUCUGUUCUAUAAAUCCCGAUUUCAAUUUAAACGUGGAAAAAAUUUAUAACACUUGAAAAAUAAUAUUUUUAUACAAAAGACAUAUUUAUCAAUGAAAACUGCUACGAUGAAACAACGUAACCGAGAUAAUAUAGUUUUAAAAUUGGAAUUGAUACUAAAAACACAUUUAAGAUCCAAUGGAACCCAAUUAUAAGUACAAAACAAUUCGAGUAACUAGCAGUGCACUAAGGUUUACUAUAAAGGUGAAUCCAUUACCAACUACUUCAGCAUAUCCCGAAAUUUUUCUGUCUGCAGGGGACUGCCCACAUGGGAUAUUGUAUAAGGUAUGUUUUGAUUAUUUAAAUAAAAAAAUAAUCUUCAAGGUGGGUGAUAUCAAUGAAAAAACAAUAGAACUUCCAAGUUUUCUUUUGUCACUUCAACCUCAUGAAAUUUGGGCGAGCUGGUAUAAUAACCGUUUUCAAUUGGGUUCAGUCAAUAAUGGUGCUCUUUUAGAAUACCAAAACAAAACACAGAGAAAAACUGAUCCCAUAGACACCGGACCAACAGUAGGAUUUAUUACAUUUAAAUAUUUAGAAAAUGUUACUUUUGAAACAAAAGAAACACAAAUUAGCCUUGAAAAUAUUUAUAAACAUAUUGAUGGAGGUGAAUUACGAUGGGUUCUGAUGACUUCUGGCGAUCAGCUGCCUUUUGAUGCACUUAUAGCCGGUUUUCAGGAGGAACCGAUUUAUAUAGCUCGUGCAAAACAUAGAGGAUCUUUGUGCCCAGGAAAAUAUGUGCCAUCUAAACAGCUUGCUUUUCUUCCGUGGGGACACCAAGAACAUAGGAAAAGUGAAUUUGAGGUUCUCUGUGGCUAUAAUGCUAUGUGGAUAAAAUGUAGGAGUCCAUAUCUACCGAGUAAUGUCUAUGUAGCUGGGAAAUCGGAGGUAGGCAGAGAAUCCCUUUAUAUCGGCCGUGCUAUGAUUAAUAAUGAAUUAGUUGUUGGCAAAGUCCACAUGUUGUACCAGACAUGCUAUCUUCCAAACCAAGGAAAGGAAGUCGAAAGAAGAGUUUUUGAAGUACUUGCUGUGGGUAACAGUGAUACAAGUGAAUAUAACUGGAAGAAACAAUGUUUUAUGGCAGAUUGUAAGCCACUUUGCCCUUAGUUUUAUGCCAUAUUGUGUGAUAAUAAAAUCAACUGAUUACCUAAAUAUGUCUGUUAUAUUGUUGUAUAUUCUAUCUAAAUUAUUAUAUUACUGUUAAGCAAUUACAGUAAGUUUCCUGUUGUAUUUACUUGUUAUUUGAAAGGAUAAAUAAAUUUCGCUCUAUAUGUUAA